GCCCAUACAAAAAGAAAUGCAAGUACUUACAAAACCUUUCUUUUAUUAUGAUAUAUCACCAUAACCGGGCGUGCAUCCAAGUCUUCGCAUCCCGACUUGCAUCUUCGGCGCGAGCAGAUGGAGAUAGCCGGUUGUCCAGAGCACUGGGCUCGCACAGCUUUACCACUUCAUGCACGGCUUCAUGAGAUGGUCACCCCGUCGUUCACAUGUUACUGUGUGGAACGGGAAUUUGCUAUCCGUGGCUCACUCGGAAAAGAAACCGCCCCACAGCACAGGGCCUCGCUACGGUAGACGCUCGACCUGUACCUUACCAGCCUCGGCUCACGGACAACCCCUCAGAAUGGCUCGCUUCACGACGUACCUCGCACUUCUUGCCCUCGCCGCCGUAGCGGUGACUUCUCCCGUUUCGGCCAACGAUGUUCCGGACCCGAACAAAAUUGCCCAACAAGCCAACCAAGAAGCUUCCACGACGCCCGAAUCGGUGGAUAACGCCGCCAACACGGUGACCGAUACCGCCGCCGCCCUCACGGACUCGACCAACACGAACACGGCCGCCGCCAUUUCGGACAGCAUCAGCAACGUGACGACAGAGACGAGCAUCAGCGCGUCGGGAUCAGAAUCGAGUGCAGGCAGUAGCAACGCCAAGCAAUCGGACUCCGCCUCGGCAUCUGCAGCGGCGUCGGGCUCAUCGGCCUCUUCGCACGUGACACCCAGCAUCGCACUCGCGUCGGUGGCUGCGAUCGCAAUCACUGGACUCUUUAUCUAAGAUGGUCGCCCUGGCGUGUAGGGCGGCUCCGCCCACGAUGGAAUGGGAACCACGACUUGACGUAGUCCGGUGUAGAGUAAUUUUUCGAGUCGUCCUCAAAGCGAGCGUGCCCUCCGCUGGACGAUAUCAUUUUAAAAAAGCACGUACAUGGU